UAGGCUGUUACCAGGCAGACAGACUUUCCAACAUGGCAGCGUCGAGCAACGCAGAGCAAACGCAGUUGCAGGAUAUGGAGGAAGAAGACGCGGGCAUGGAGGAGCGAGAGAUGCAGUCGGACGACGACGGGGAGGAGGAGGAGGAGGGCAUGGGAGAGGAAGACAAUUCAGACGACGAAGAGGAAGAUUCGUCCGAGGACGAGAAGGAAAAUGAAGCCGAAAUCCAGCGUUUGGAGGAGCAGCUGUCGAUCAAUGCUUUCGACUACAACUGCCAUGUGGAUCUCAUCAAACUGCUGAAGCAGGAGGGAGAACUUGUCCGCCUGCGAAAGGCAAGGCAGAAGAUGAGUGAACUCUUCCCGCUCACUGAAGAGAUCUGGCUGGAUUGGCUCAAGGAUGAGAUCCGUCUGACUGAGGAGGAGUCAAACCGGGAGAAAGUAUAUGAACUUUUCGAGAGAGCUGUAAAAGACUACAUCUGUCCAGAAAUCUGGCUCGAAUAUGCUCAGUAUUCAAUUGGUGGUAUGGGCUCACCAGGUGGGAUAGACAUGGUGAGAUCCAUCUUUGAGAGAGCGGUGACAGCGGUUGGACUUCACAUGACCAAGGGACAGACGGUGUGGGAGGCGUACAGAGAGUUUGAGAAUGCCAUUCUGUCCACUGUCCAGCCGCCCCCUGGCAAGAUUCCCAGCAGCAAGGAGCAGGAGCUGCUGAACACUCAGCUCGAGCGAAUCCAUACACUGUUUCGCCGCCAACUCUCCGUCCCCUUAAUAGACAUGGAAGCCACCUAUGCAGAGUAUGAAGAGUGGUCUGAACAUGGGGUGCCGGAGACGGUCAUGCGUCAGUACAAAAAGGCUUUGCAGCAGUUGGAGAAGUGCAGAUCUUUUGAAGAAUCCCUGCUGGUAGCAGAGACACCGAAGCUGGCAGAGUAUCAGUCCUACAUCGACUUUGAACUAAAGGAGGGCGACCCGGUGCGGAUCCAGAUGACCUUUGAGCGGGCUCUGGCAGAGAACUGCCUGGUACCACACAUGUGGGCAAAAUGUACCACCUAUCUUGACCGUCAGCUGAAGAUCAAAGACCUGGUUCUCUCUACUCAUGAACGUGCCGUGAGGAACUGCCCCUGGACCAUGGGUCUGUGGAAGAGCUACCUCCUCGCUCUGGAGAGGCAUGGAGCCGAUCAUCAGAUUGUUUCAGAUGUUUUUGAGAAGGCGCUGAAUGCUGGUUUCAUUCAAGCUACAGAUUAUGUGGAUAUCUGGCAGGCGUACCUCGACUACCUGCGGAGGCGUGUGGAUUUCAGUAAAGAAUCAAGUAAAGAGUUAGAGGAGUUACGUGGAGCCUUCUCUCGAUCUCUGGACUACAUAAAACAAGAUGUGGAAGAAAGAUUUGGUGAAAGUGGAGAUCCUUCUUGUAUCAUUAUGCAGAUCUGGGCAAGAAUAGAGGCACUCCACUGCAAGAACAUGCAGAAAGCCAGAGAGCUGUGGGACAGUAUAAUGACAAAAGGGAACGCCAAAUUUGGCAACAUGUGGCUGGAGUACUACAACCUCGAAAGGUCGUGUGGAGACCCUGCUCACUGUCGGAAAGCUCUUCACCGAGCAGUUCAAUGCACCACAGACUACCCAGAGCAUGUGUGUGAAGUCUUGUGCACCUUUGAGAGGGUGGAAGGCUCUCUGGAGGACUGGGACGUGGCAGUGCAGAAGACAGAGACUCGACUGAACAGGAUUAAUGAGCAACGAGCAAAGGUGGCUGAGAAAGAAGCCAACAUGGCUCGGCAAGAGGAAGACAGAAAUGACCAGCGGCGAAAAGGCAAGUCUGACAAGAAGACUCAGAAAAAAGUCCAGAAGAGAACUCGAUUUGGGGAGAAGAGGAAAGCCGAGCCCGAUGAUUAUCAGGAUGAAUGGAAUGAAAACUCGGAGCAAGCCCCUAAAAGGCACAGAGGAAACGGAGACCACACCACAGAGGAGCACAUGGAGACUGAGGCCGGGCUCUUUGGGAGGAACGCUCCCCCGGGCUUUAAGCCUAAAAAAGCCCCGCAGGGAGCGGCAGCCACUGCUCCAAGGCAGAACGACGACAAGCCGGAGCUUCGCAAUGAUAAGAGCAGUGUGUUCAUCAGCAACCUGGCGUACACCCUGGAGGAGCCAGAGGCAAAGCUCAGGACGCUGUUCGAGCCGUGUGGUCCCAUCACACAGGUUCGCCCUGUCUUCGGCAACAAAGGCAGCUUCAAGGGUUAUGGCUACGUUCAGUUUGAAUCCCUGGUGUCAGUUGCCGAAGCCCUGAAGCUGGACAGACGUGAGAUGGAGGGCAGGCCCAUGUUUGUUUCACCUUGUGUGGAUAAAAACAAAAACCCAGACUUUAAGGUGUUUAAAUACAACACAUCCAUAGAGAAACACAAAAUCUUCAUCUCUGGGCUGCCGUUCUCCUACACUAAAGAGCAACUGGAGGAAAUGUGCAAAAGCCACGGCACCAUCAAAGAGGUUCGUUUGGUCACGUAUCGCUCAGGAAAACCCAAGGGUCUGGCAUAUGUUGAGUUUGCAGAUGAAUCCCAGGCGUCUCAGGCAGUUCUGAAACUGGAUGGUAUUGAAGUAGAGGGCAACAAAGUGUCUGUUGCUAUAAGUAACCCCCCUCGCAGAAACAUGAUGGAUAAACCUGGUUCCAGUCGACUUAUGACUGACAUGAUGCCUCGCCAGGCCUUUGGAUCGAGAGGAAGAGGACGCACCCAGCUGUCGCUGCUCCCUCGGUCCCUGCACCGACAGAGUGGGCCCGCAAGCAAAGUCGAGAACGGGUCCGCAGCAGAGCGGGCGCCGGCAGCCGGAGUGAACGCUGCUGCAGAGACGAAACCUUUGUCGAAUUCAGACUUUGCCAAGAUGCUUCUCAAUAAGUGAGAAGACGAUGGAGAGAAUUGUGACGGCCUUCACACCGAAAACCAUCUUGUGUCCUUACAAAUUCAUUUUGGUGUUUUUUUUCCUGUAAUUGGUUGACCUGACGUCCCAUUUAAUCUCAGUCUGGUUCUCAUCAUUGGUUCUGCGAGAUUGCCUUAAUCGCCAAACACCUGCCCUCCAUCAUAAACCCUUUUCAACCAAGACUUUUCACCAGUGUGACAGAUUGUUUUUGUUGGGUGUGUUUGAAGGUGGCUGGCAAAGGACCUCUCGGUUCAUUUUCGAUUUCCAAGAGGUGUUACCAACUGACGCAUACGAAUCACCUGACGUCUGUUGAGCGACGCGUGUGAUGUCUGUGAAGGAGUGUUGCCAUUAUUGUGGGAGAAAAUGGAAAAUAUCGGGUACUUUUAGUCAAAUGGUCGUUCAUCAGCCUCAGCCUUUGUUGUUUACAAAAGUCGCUUCCUUCCGCGUCGUGGUAUAAACCCCGCCCAUUAUCAGAUAAUCGGCUGUGAUUGGACUGGCAAGUUUUCUGCCGGGGGAAAUCACUGGCUGAGCAAAUUUAUGCUAGUUUGAAGGUGGCGAGCCGAGCUGUUUUAUAAAAUAAAGUGUAUCAUAUUUGUGUAAAUAUACUGUUUCUCUUGUAAGCCA